AUGGUGAGAUGCAGUAGCCAGAGUCUGGUCCUGAUUGCCUUCGCUUCAGUGUUGCUAUUCCAGCUUUUCAGUGGAGCAGAAGCGGCAAGUAACUUUGACUGCUGUCUACAAUAUACGAAGUACCCCCUGUCUUUUAGGCUUAUUGUGGGCUUCACACAGCAGUUGGCUGAUGAGGCUUGUGACAUCAAUGCCAUCAUCUUUCACACAAAAAGGAGAUUGGUGUGUGCAGAUCCAAAGCAGCCUUGGGUGAAGAAGGCUGUCCGUAUCCUUAGCCAAAGAGUCAAGAAGAUGUGAGAAAAAACAUCUGCUGUUCUGGGACGGAAUUGGAUAGAGCCCAAGGACAGGAAGACCACGCCGGGGGUGUAGAGGCUUAGUUUCAGCUCUUUCUGCCCUUAUCUGUGCCUGGAUGGGCUUGUCCAGUUUUUGAGGUUGAUCAUAUUGCAUCAUAGGGUGCUUUGUUAAAGCAUCAUGUUAGAGUCAAGCUGUAUUUUAUGUAAGUUAUUUAUAAUGUAGGUUUGCUAUGGUUAGCUAUUUAACACUGAUUUCCUAUAAGCUUUGUGGCUUCGUGAAAUGUAACGUUACAUUUGGGUAAAUAAGAUUCUAUGGCCUUCUUCAAAGCAAUAAGCUAUUUUUUUAAACUAUUUAACUUGCUUCUGUGUAUGUGACUUUUGUUUCCUAAA